ACAACUCAAAAUACACUUUUAAAGUGACUUCACUUGUUCAAGCAACCUUUGUUUCUCCCGCGGCACCGAGAGACCGAAUAUACCGACAAGCAUAAGAGCCACAAUACAAAUCACGAAAUUUCUUGAUGUCGAUUUGUUCAUCAUCUUCCUCUUCAUCAUCAAAGUCCACAAAGACAUGGAUUGUUCAUGGGUUGCUAUUGGGAGCUGCUGCAAUUGGUGCACACGCAUACUUUCUGCUUCGCCGAUCCAGAAAAUAUCGUUCCCGUGUCAUCGGAAUCAUUCCUGCUCGCUUUGCUUCUUCUCGUUUUCAAGGAAAACCUCUUGUCGACAUUCUUGGCAAACCCAUGAUCCAGAGGACAUAUGAAAGAGCAAAGCUGGCAUCUAUGUUGGAUCAAGUUGUUGUAGCAACGGAUGACAAUAAGAUUGCAGAAUGUUGCCGUGGAUUUGGUGCCGAUGUAAUUAUGACCUCAGAAUCUUGUCGAAAUGGUGCUGAGCGUUGCAGUGAAGCACUUAAGAAGCUUGAAAAGAAGUAUGAUAUUGUCGUCAAUAUUCAAGGGGAUGAGCCGUUGAUUGAACCUGAGAUCAUAGAUGGGAUAGUUAAAGCACUCCAGUCGGCUCCAGAUGCUGUCUUCAGCACCGCUGUGACUCCUUUGAAGGCCGAGGAUGCUUUUGAUCCAAACCGGGUGAAAUGUGUAAUUGAUAACCAUGGAUAUGCUAUCUACUUCUCCAGAGGACUUAUUCCAUAUAACAAAUCCGGGAAGGUCAAUCCAGAAUUCCCAUAUUUACUCCAUCUUGGUAUCCAGAGCUAUGAUGCUGAGUUCCUCAAAAUAUAUCCAGAUCUACCACCUACCCCGUUGCAACUCGAAGAAGAUCUGGAACAACUCAAAGUUCUUGAAAAUGGAUAUAAAUUGAAGGUUAUAAAGGUUGAGCAUGAAGCUCACGGAGUGGAUGUUCCCGAUGAUGUAGAAAAAAUAGAAAGAUAUAUGCGUGAGAGAAAUCUAUCCUAGUUUCUUCGAGAGAACGUUCAUGUGGAAAUACAGGAUAUUCAAUACGGAUAUGCAGAGGUUUGUUUUGCUUAUUUUCUUUCGUGUGUAGAUGACCGAAGAGGAUAUAUUAUACUGUCACUGAUGAAGUGCCUCAUCUUAAACUUGUUUAUUUCGUUUAUUUUUAAAAAAAUUUAAGAAUAGAAACAGAUUUACCAGUGAGUUGUGUGAAGAAUUCCUUUCCAUCGUUUGUGGUCGAUCCAGGAACAGCUCAUACAUUUAUCGACUUUUUUUAGUUUCUGAAAUUUCUAGAAUUAUUUGUAUCGUUGUACACGAAACAAUAAAACCAAUUUGAGAUGAACGGAUUUUGUUGUUAGUUUGUUACAAUGACUUGGCAUAUCUAUACCAGUGUCAAAAUUACAUUUGUUGGUUUGUCGUUACAAGAAUAAUUAAGGAACGUGAUAUUGAUCUUAUAAAGUCGAGUUUGUCGACUAAUUGAA